UUUCCUAGUGUUACAAACACCACACACACCUUGGAAAGAAGAAAAUAUUCUGUCUCUGUCUCUGGUAGUGUGUGUGUAUAUAAAAAUAACAGCACUACACAAAGGUGAAGGAGAGAGUGAAGUUGAAAAAGCUACUACUAUACUACUAGCUUGAGUUCUUCUAAGAGAGAAAUGAGAAUGAAGAUGAUUCUGAUAAUAACAUUUUCUUUUCUUAUCUCAGUCAUUAGAUCUGAUGAGACUCACACAGAUCAUCUCUCUCCUCAGUAUAUAUUGGAAAACGAUGUGGUUUCACUUCCAGAUGCAGCAGCUCCACAACCUCAACCUCUCAUGGUUCCACUCACUCUUAUUCAUGGAGCUGAUUCUAAAGGAGCAGUAUGUUUGGAUGGAACAUUACCUGGUUACCACUUUCAUCCCGGAUCUGGAUCGGGUGCAAAUAGUUGGAUCAUUCAAUUAGAGGGAGGAGGGUGGUGUAACACCAUCAGAAGUUGUGUAUUUAGGAAAACUACUCGCCGCGGUUCCUCAAAUCACAUGGAAAAGCAACUACCAUUCACAGGGUUACUGAGCAAUAAAGCUGAAGAAAAUCCCGGUUUUUUCUUUUUACCCUUCACAGACAUAACUCAGUACUUCAGGAGAUUGAAAAAAUGUUUACUCAACCUGUCUAUUCUGUGUUGCCAUCUUUUGUGCACAGAUUUCUUUAACUGGAACAGAAUCAAAGUGCGGUACUGCGAUGGGGCAUCUUUCAGUGGAGACAGUCAAAACGAGGCUGCAAAACUUCAAUUUAGAGGACAAAAAAUAUGGCUAGCUGCAAUGGAAGAAUUAUUGUCCAAGGGAAUGAAGAACGCCAAUCAGGCUCUUUUAUCUGGAUGCUCUGCGGGUGGUCUGGCAUCUAUACUACAUUGUGACGAGUUCCGUACCUUGCUUCCAAAAUCUACCAAAGUGAAGUGUUUAAGUGAUGCGGGAUUUUUUCUUGAUGUAGCUGAUGUCUCAGGCGGGCACACAUUGAGGAAUCUGUUUGGAGGUGUAGUUAAAUUACAGGAAGUACAAAAAAAUCUGCCAAAAAGUUGUCUCAACAACCUGGACCCAAUUUCGUGCUUCUUUCCUCAAAAUUUGAUCAAUCAUGUUCAGACUCCACUGUUUCUGCUGAAUGCAGCUUAUGAUGCAUGGCAGCUGCAAGAAAGUUUAGCCCCGCCUUCAGCAGAUCCUCACGGCUCUUGGAAUAAUUGUAAAUCAAAUCAUGCAAAUUGUGACUCAUCCCAAAUUCAGACCCUCCAAAAUUUCAGAAACCAAAUGCUAAAUGACAUGAAAGGUUUCUCAGCGACACCUCAAUCUGGAUUAUUCAUAAAUUCUUGUUUUGCGCAUUGCCAAUCGGAGAGACAAGACACAUGGUUUGCUGAUGACUCUCCGCUCCUUAACAACAUGCCAAUUGCUAUUGCCGUUGGAAAUUGGUUUUUCGAUCGUCAAGUUAUCAAAGCUAUUGACUGUGCUUACCCUUGUGACAAUACCUGCCAUAAUCUGGUCUUCAACGUUGGUAGAUCUUCCGUGGUGGACUCUCAGUCCACAAGUGAUGAUAUUCCUACCAACUUGCUAUAUUCACGCUCAACAAAGUUGACGUUUAGUGCUGGCUUACUUGUACUAAGUGCUUUAUUGCCAAUUACAUGCUCCUAAUGCACUUUAGAAGUUUAAGAAAAGAUGCGGUGUUAUUGAAAUUUGAAUUACCCGACGGUGCUAUAUAUAUUAUAAUGUAUAGCACGACCGUGUUUAAGUAAGCAUAUUGCGGCUUGAUCUAAGUAUUAGAUGUAAAAGUUAGUUAUACUAAUUAGUUACACUAUGUCUAGUCAUGUUAAACUUGCGCUUGAAGUCACAAGAUUCAAGAAAAGCAAGAAAAAGAAAUUUGAUUUGAGACACUAGUGGAUUGUGGAAGUAUGCCAGGUUGGAAUGGAGUUUAUCCACAUGUUACAUGAUUCAGAUGCUGUAAGGUGGUGGAUUGAGAAUAAAUGCUUAAUUGAAUGAGACCAUUAGGUGGUGGAGAACAAAAAUUGGAGUGAAGAUACUAUAUGCAAAAGUGAUGUUGGAUUGGAUAAUUUGAAUUAUUAAGAGACCAUGUUAAAAGUAUAUAUGCCCCAAGUAAAAGCAAGAUUAAGGAGUUCAAAUGCUCUCUCAAACAUGAUAUGCCUAUGUUUGACUCCUCUAAAAUGAGUAAGUUGUAAAAUGAGAAAAUUAAAAGUUAUUUUGUCAAAUUCAUAAUUUGUCAUAAUGUCAACUUUUAGUUUGUUAA